GAAAAGCCUUCAAUCCUUCCUCGAACAUGAACCUGCUGCAGCAGCCAUGGCAUGAAAAUUGUUCCCCCGAACUCUAGUUACAAAUUCUGUUUCAAUCCGCCAUAAACGAUUGGGCAGAGCACGAGUUCAAUUGUGUCUUAAUCCGGAGAAACGAGGGUGCCAAGAUUCGGCUGCGCUCCUUUUCUUCAUCCAGCCCAACAACUAGACCAAACCAGACGCGAUGAGGAAGGGGAGCGGGGCGGAGAAAUAAAAUUAUAAAAAAAAAAGAAGGCGAAAAAUAGAGUGGAAAAUUAAUAGUUCUGUUAAGGGAAUAUAAUUGGGAGACGGUAAGAUCUUCGUGUUCCUUUGCAUUUCGAUUUGGAAUUUAUUUGAACAGAUGAGGUAUCCGCCGCUGCCCUCGUCUUCUCUCUUUUUUUGGUAUCGCGCCGGCGCUUUCGUUGGAGCCCUAGCCCCAAUUCUCGACGGUUGCUAGGGGUUGGGGGUCGAUUGGGAAGGACGGGGAGAGGAAUUUUGUCGCGGAUCUCCGUGAGUUUGGUGGAGGGAUUAGGGUUUUCCAUCGCGCAGGGGAGAGGGGGGAUGAUCAUAAAGAGGAGUCAGAGGGCGCUAAUGCCGACCCUCAAGCGGUGCAAUGCCGAGGUCUCAGUGGGCGACGGCGACGGCGAUGGCGGUUGGAGGAGGCGGAAAAGGCGGAGGGAGUUGGAAUCCUUCCCUCUCGAGGUUCUGGGUCACGUCGCCGCAGCCUCCGACUUCCCUUACUUUCCCUUCGGUUUCGCGCGGAGACUCGAGGGCUGGGAGGAGGACGCCGCCGGCACCGUGAAUUCUUACAGGUGCGGUGAUUCCUCAUGCUGCUCCGCAGAGAGGUAUCUGGGGGCGCGGAACGGGCGGAAGGGGAAGAUGGGACUGACACGUCAGGAGGUCAGACCGCCGGUGGUUCGGAAGACGUCGAGUGGCCGCGCACAGGUGCUGCCUUCCAGGUUCAAUGACUCGGUUCUGAUUGACCCUUGGAAGAAGGAGAAGCCUAAGGCAACAGCCUCGGACCCUGAUUUUGAAAGUAGCUUUGGUUCGGUGUUGCCCAAUUCGGUUUCGGUGUACGACGAAGAAGAAAGAUAUCUUGCAUGCCGAAAUAUUGGCUUGAAAAAGUACUCUUUGUUAAGAAAUUCGUCGACAUAUCCCCAAGAGGGUUUCAAAGACAGAAAUGGAAGAUUUGCACAGGUGCGUAAUCAACCUAGUUAUGUAUGUAAGCCAAAGGCAGUCAAAGAGAAGUCAGUGAAGGAAACUAAGAAACAGAGGAAGACUGACAUUAGACCUGAUGAGUUUACUUGUGGGGAUGUUGUUUGGGCUAAGUUGGGAAGAGACUCUGCUGUAUGGCCUGCAAUGGUAAUUGAUCCAGUGCAGCAAGGUCUGGUACAGUCUGCAAAUGCCUGCAUCUCUGGAGCCAUCUCUAUAAUGCUCUUUGGCAAACAGGAGAGUGGGAAUGAGAGGGAGUAUGCAUGGGUGAAACAGGAGACUGUUUUUCCUUUCACUGAUUUUGUAGACAGGUUCCAAGGGCAGGCUGAAUUGCAUACAUCUAAACCCAGCGAGCUAAGGGCAGCCAUUGAGGAGGCCUUCCUAGCUGAACAUGGAUUCUUCAACAUGGAGGGUAAUGUGAUUAGUUCAAGUGGUGAACCUCCUUACUCUACUAGCAUCAAGGAGGCAACUAGUUCAAACCAUGAACAGGAAUGCCAGUCAGAUACCAAGUUUUCUACCCCAAAACGAUACUGUGGAGUAUGCAAGAAGAUUUUGCAUCACAAAGUUGGUGGGAGAUCGAACAAUUACUUUUGCUCCAGCUGCAAAUCAAAGUUUGACCUAUCCGAUACAGAGAAGAACUACUUACAAAUUAGCUGCAGUCAUAACAGUGGUAGAGACACCGAACUAGUGUUUGAUAAAGUGACAAUUUGCUGUUUUGGCAUGGAGGGGAUAUAUUUACCAGAGCUAAACAUUGUUUCAUGCUGCUGCGGCUAUUGCAAAGGGAAGAAGUUUAUGCUUUCUGAAUGGGAGAGGCAUACUGGAUCCAAAACUAAAAAUUGGAGGUCCAGUGUCAAAGUUAGAAGUACAAAUAUGGCAUUGGGAAAAUGGUUAGAUCGUUAUCAUUCCAAUAUAGUUUCCACAAAUCACACUAAACGGGCAUCUGCAAAAGAAAGGAAACAAAAGCUGCUUGCUUUCCUGCAAGAAGCAUAUGAUCCAGUAUACAUGAAAUGGACAACCGAACGAUGUGCAAUCUGCAGAUGGGUGGAAGACUGGGAUUAUAACAAAAUAAUCAUUUGUAUUAGAUGCCAAAUAGCUGUCCACCAAGAAUGUUAUGGAGUAAGAGGAAAACAAGAUUUCACAUCUUGGAUUUGCCGAGCAUGUGAAACACCUGAUCAAAAGCGGGAUUGCUGCCUUUGCCCUAUAAAAGGGGGUGCUCUCAAGCCAACAGAUGAUGAUUUGUUAUGGGUCCAUGUUACUUGUGCUUGGUUUCAGCCUCAAGUCUCUUUCGCAAGUGAUGAAACAAUGGAACCAGCUGUUGGCAUAGUGAAUAUACCACCAGAGUUGUUUGUUAAGGUUUGUGUUAUAUGUCGUCAAAUGCAUGGUUCUUGCACACAGUGCUAUAAGUGUUCCACCUUUUAUCAUGCUAUGUGUGCAUCAAGAGCAGGCUACCGCAUGGAGUUGCGUUGCUUGGAAAAAAAUGGGAAGCAGACGACAAAGAAAAUUUCUUACUGUGCUCAUCAUCGUGUUCCAAAUCCAGAUAAUUGUUUGGUUAUUCAUACUCCUCAAGGAGUCUUUUCUUCCAAAAAGAUGAAUCACCAUAAUGAAAAGCAGACUGGUUCAAGACUGAUUAGAAAAGGCCAUCUUCAUAAUUCAAGCAUCCCUAUUCAAAAUGCUGAAACACCAUCUGUUGCGAGGUGUCUUGCAUAUGGAAGGACAGAAUCUGAGAGGAGACAUGAAGAUGCCAUUCCACACCGUGUAAGAGGACCUUCUCAUCAUUCUUUAGACAUGGUUCACAGUUUAAAUUCACCUAGGAAAGAGAAGGAUCCAGAGCUGUUUUCGUCAUUCAGGAAACGUCUGUACCACUUGCAGUCAACAGAAUAUAGUAGAGUUUGUUUUGGCAGAUCCGGGAUACAUGGAUGGGGCUUAUUUGCUUGUCGGAACAUUCAAGAAGGAGAGAUGGUUAUUGAAUAUCGUGGUGAACAAGUCAGGCGUAGUGUUGCAGACUUGAGAGAAGUACGAUACCGGUUGGAGGGAAAGGGUUGCUAUUUUUUUAAGAUCAGUGAAGAAGUGGUGGUUGAUGCAACAAAUAAAGGAAACAUAGCACGCUUGAUUAACCAUUCAUGCAUGCCCAAUUGCUAUGCUAGGAUCAUGAGUGUUGGUGACGAUGAAAGCCGAAUUGUUUUGAUAGCUAAAACAAAUGUUUCUCCUGGUGAAGAACUAACGUAUGACUAUCUUUUUGAUCCUGAUGAAGGGGAUGAAUGCAAAGUUCCAUGUCACUGCAAAGCUCCGAACUGCCGGAAGUUCAUGAACUAGAUACUAACGAUUAAUGCUCUGAUUCCUUUAGCAAAAUUCCCUUUUCUGACUCCUUGGAAAAGUCUCUUUUCUUCAUAGUAGGUCUAGCGUUGUCUGUUCUUAUUCAAUCUCCCAUUAUUUAUUAAAUAAGCUAUUAAGAGAAAGAGAGAGAUAGAGUGAGAAUCACAGGUCUCCCAUUCUUUGUAAAUUAACUGGUGUAACAUAUAGUUCAAUUGAUUUACAAAAGCCAAGGACUUUUCAUGACA